GAGGAGUAUGACUAUGUAAUUAAGUGAGAAGAAAAAUCUUGGCGACUGAUUUGUUAGUAUCGCUCAGACGGAGGGUGUACCGGUCGAUAUUCUAGGCUAUCAAGUUUGAAGAGUGUGGGUUUUCCAAAAUUCUGCGCUUUCUAUACUUUUCAAAAUGCUUUUAUGAAUUGACUUCUCACGUUAUAAAGCGAACGGUUCCAGAGUAGCGAGAUUUAUUUUCAUUUGCGCCGGCUCGGAUUGAAAGAGCCUUAUAGGCAUUCAACGUGCUUAUUUGUAAAAGCAUAAGCCUAUCUGCCAUAUCGUCUCCAUUUGAACUGAGACAUGGGAUUGUUUGGACUUCCACAAUCUCACUGAUGUUCUUGGAUAAGACUUUUACACGGAUAACUUCUCCACAAUUUUGCAUGGUGCUUUACCGGCAAGGAAGAAUGGCGCGAUAAAGUGAUUUUCAGAGAAAUCAAUCGAAGUACCUAUUUUGUGUACACUGUUGGCUGAUGAUGUACUCUCCAAUUUGUCUUACUCAGGAUGAAUUUCAUCCCUUCAUCGAGGCACUUCUCCCUCACGUCCGUGCCAUCGCCUACACGUGGUUCAACCUCCAGGCGAGGAAACGCAAGUACUUCAAGAAGCAUGAAAAGCGGAUGUCCAAGGACGAGGAGCGUGUGGUCAAGGACGAACUGCUCAGCGAGAAGCCUGAGAUCAAGCAGAAGUGGGCCUCCAGGCUCCUCGCCAAGCUCCGCAAGGACAUCCGUCAGGAGUACCGCGAGGACUUUGUGCUCAGCGUGACAGGCAAGAAGCACCCGUGCUGUGUCCUCUCCAACCCUGACCAGAAGGGCAAGAUCCGGCGGAUCGACUGUUUGCGGCAGGCCGACAAGGUGUGGCGCUUGGACCUGGUCAUGGUCAUCCUGUUCAAAGGCAUCCCGUUGGAAAGUACAGACGGAGAGCGCCUCAUCAAGUCGUCGCAUUGCACCAACCCAACACUUUGCGUCCAGCCGCAUCACAUAACAGUGUCGGUCAAGGAACUGGACUUGUUUCUAGCAUACUAUGUCCAGGACCAAGACUCACAGCAGUCAGGAAGUCCCAGUAACAAUGAGCCAGGCAAGAACCCAGUUUACUUGGAAGACAGCUUCAUCAAAUCAGGAGUCUUCAGUGUUUCAGAGCUGGUGCGGGUGUCCAGAACGCCCAUUACCCAGGGGGCAGGGGUGAACUUCUCCAUGGCCGACAUGCCAAGUCAGCCGUACUACCAUGACCUGAACUCCAGCGUGGGCCUCCAUCGCUCCCUCUCCUCCCCGCCUGGCAGUAAGCGGCCCAAGACCCUCAACAUAGACGAGAGUAUGGAGACCAGUCCCACUGGCCCUGACUUCUAUUCCUCACCUAGCUCCCCAGCUAGCGGCAGCAGGACCUGGCACGAGAGAGAAGACAUGUCGUCUCCCACCAUGAAGAAGCCAGAGAAGCCCUUGUUCAGCCCCACCUCCCCGCAGGACUCCUCCUCCAGACUGAGUACUUUCCCCCAGCACCACCACCCCGGACUCCCAGGGGUCGGACACAGUGUUAUAUCGACAAGGAGCCCUCCACCCCACUCCCCCCUUCAGUUCUCGGCCAUCUUGCCCCCUGCCCCGUCACCCUACUUCUCUCACCCCACCAUCCGCUACCCGCCCCAUCUCAACCCCCCUGACUCCCUGAAGAGCUACGUGCCCAGCUACGACCCGUCCAGCCCACAGAGCAGCCAGCCUAAUAGCAGUGGCCAGGUGGGGAAGGUUCCAGGCCACUUCACCCCAGUCCUGGCCCCCUCUCCGCACCAUGGCACAGUGCGACCCGUCUCGCUCUCCAUGCCCGACACCAAGCCCAUCACAUCAGAAGGUGAGUACAACGGAUACUCAGCACCGGGCACCCCCACAGCCAAUCGUUUUGUAGGACUGAGCCCUAGAGAUCCGGCCUUCCUUCACCAGCAACAGCUGAGGAUAUGUGACUGGACCAUGAAUCAAAACAGCAGGCAUUAUGGCCCCAGUGGCACUGAGGAUACUUUGGGGAUUGCUUGGCAAAGUCCUGGUACCUGGGCGAGCUUAGUUCCAUUCCAAGUCACGAACGGGACUCCGAUUCUGCCAACAAAUGUCCACCAGAACUACAGCAUAAACAUCAUUGGUGAGCCCCCCCUCCUCCACACAGAGGCAGAGAACUGAAGACCCGUCGAGGGGGUGGGGGGGGGAGAAGUGUCGGCAACGGGGGAAAUAAUCAGCAAGCAGCACUUAAAACAAUUGCGUUUGUCCUUUGUCCCCCCCCCCCCUGCCCUCCACCCUUUCCUCCCCAAACCCCUCCUCCCAUCGGGACAUUGGCCAAGAAGACUUGAGUUGGUUUGGAGUGAAUCUGAUCCGGUCCGCUCUAGCUUAACCCUAUGCCAUGCCAGUCAGUCAUUGUGUGAGAAGAGCCUUUCCAUUCAAAAUGCUGUGACGUAUUCUGUACAAAAACAUUUAGAUGCCUUAAUAUUUAGCAUGACAACUCUUAGUCUGACGGUGGUGGUCUUCUUCUUCAUUCUGUUGUUGGGAAUUUUUAACCUUGGUUUACAAACAGGGGAAGUGAUCUGAAACACACAAAGGCUGGCUGGUAGUAGAUUACCCGAUUGUAAGUUAUUCAACUCUGACCUUUACCCCUUCUGCAGAAGAGGCUCCCAUGUCAAACUAUUGACUAUGUAACCAUAGGAACAAAUUGUGAAUUCAGUGUUUUUUCUUCUUCUUUGAUUUCAAUUUACUGUGAUACAAUUUUUAUUUUGUCUGAAACUCGUUAUCCUGUUGAUUCUGUACUGCUAUCCACUUAAAAGUUAGUUAUACUCCUUAGAGUUGUGAACUCUUACUAUGGUAAAAAAGAAGAGAAAGACACUAUAUUUUUAGGUUAGAGAUUUGACCCGUUUUUUAAGAAUUCGUAUCUCCUUUAGAAAAGGAUUUUAAAAAAAGACAAAAAAUUAUCUAAAAAUCUCGAAAGAGGCAAGUGCAAUUGAAUUUUUGAAGGGAAGCUAUGUCUGUCAGCCCUAAGACUCUAAAGGAAGGGAGGGUAAAUAUGAAACUUUGUUGUUUUAAAUACAUAAACGUAAAAAGGUUUAAAAAAAACAAAAAUUUGAUUUGAUUUCAGUCGCAUUUCUGUGUAUCUAAAUAUGGAAAGUAAAGAAUACUAAGCCUGAAAUGCAGGGAUGUGUUUGAAGGUGCGCAUUAAGCUACCUGUGCAGAACUGAAUAUGAACAAGACAGCACUUCUAUUAAGCCCUACUCAGUCUCAUGGGGAGCUUUUUAUUUAUUGUGAGA